CGACUUUCGUUGUCCCCAGGACGGCGACGCGGCCCGAGCGGCGACUGGCGACUAGUUACUGGUGACCAGUAACCGGUAACUGGUGACCCCGCCGGGCGCGAGCCCGCCAGCGGCUGAAACCGGGCCUCAAAGUGAGGAAGAAAGCGGAAAAUCGGUGAUUUUUUGGGGGUGUCCCGGGGCAGCGAGAUGGCGGCGGUGCCGGCAGAGCUGCCCGCCCGGCCCGGCCCCUUCCUCCUCCUCCUCCUCAUCAUCAUCCUCAUCCUCCUCAUCCUCCUCCUCCGGCCCGGGAGGAGCAGGAGCGCGGGCGGCAGCGGCCUCGGCGAGAGGGGACGGGAAAAGGAGGAAUAAAGACGGGACAAGGAAGGGAGAAGGAGGAAUAAGGAGGGGAAAAGGGAAAGAAAAAGGAGGAAAGAGGAGGGAGAAAGAGGAUAAAAAGAAAGGAAGGGAAGUAAAUAAGAGGAAAGAAGGAAAAGAGAAGGGAAAGGGAAGGAAAAUAAGAAGGAAAAAGCAGGAAAAAGGAGAGGAAAAAGGAGGAAAAGAGAAGGAAAGCAAGGAAAAAGUAAGGAAAAAGAAAGAGAGGAGAGGGGAAAGAGGUAAAAAGACGGCAAGAAGAAGGAGAAAAGGAUACAUCAAGGGGAAAGAAGGAAAGAAGAAGGGAAAAGGUGGAAAAGAAGGAGGGAGCAGCGGGUCGGCGACAACCAACCGUCGGCAAACAAAAAAUCUGUAUUAGUUGCUUUCUUCGUGCCACUCCUGAUGUAGUGACUUCCCUGCAGAGCUGCUGCUCCAUCGAGUGUGUUCGUUUACUUGUUCCCACACUGCCUGUUGGUAAAGGAGCAUCUUCCCCACCUGAAUUUCCAGGAAAAGCCCGGUGGAAGCACAGGACUCCCACCUUUCCUCCAGGCCUCUCUGCCUCCAUCUGACCCCUCAGUUCCUCCCAGUUGGACCUUCUGAGGGAAAAGUUUGGGAUGUGGCUGUUCCUGGAGGGACCCGGAGCUUUCCCAGGGGCUUGAUCCAGGACCUGCUCCAGGCAGGACACCCAGGGUGAGGGUCCCACUGCAAUGGAGCAGCCGCCUGAGCAGGAAGGGACAAUCCCUGCCCUUUCCAGCAGGGAAGGGUCCCAGCAGCUCCCGCAGGAACCCGUCGGUGGGGAAGAAAUUCCAGAGGGCAGGCGGGAGAGCCCGGCACCAGGCGGAGAAGCCGCCGCGGGGCAGCCAGGCCGUGCCCCACGUCUCCCCUCCGAUCAGCCUCCCAAGGAAGAUGCUCAGGAGAAGCAGCCCACAGAGACUGGGGGGUCCCUGGCUGCUCCCCCCAUUCCCAGCCCCGGGGGGUUCCCAGAGGAGCCCCCCCGAGCCCGCAGCCCCGCUCGGGAAGCGGAGCCGGAUUUUUACUGCGUGAAGUGGAUCAGCUGGAAGGGCGAGCGGACGCCGGUCGUCACGCAGAGCCAGAACGGGCCCUGCCCGCUCCUGGCCAUCAUCAACAUCCUCCUCCUGCAGUGGAAGGUGAAGCUGCCCCCGCAGAAGGAGGUGGUCACGGCCGAGGAGCUGAUGGCACAUUUGGGCGAUUGCAUCUUGUCCACCCAACCCCGCGAGCCCUCCGAGGGGCUGCAGCUCAACUUCCAGCAGAACAUCAAUGACUCCAUGACCGUCCUGCCCAAGCUGGCCACGGGGCUGGACGUCAACGUGCGGUUCACGGGCGUCUCCGACUUCGAGUACACACCUGAGUGCAUUGUCUUUGACCUCCUCAACGUCCCACUCUACCAUGGCUGGCUGGUGGACCCCCAGAGCCCCGAGGUGGUCCAAGCUGUGGGCAAGCUGAGCUACAACCAGCUGGUGGAGAAGAUCAUCACCUGCAAACAGGCCAGUGACUCCAGCCUGGUGAGCGAAGGGCUGGUGGCCGAGCAGUUCCUGGAGUCCACGGCCUCCCAGUUGACCUUCCACGGGCUGUGCGAGCUGACGGCGGCCGUCAGGGAGGGCGAGCUCAGCGUCUUCUUCCGCAACAACCACUUCAGCACCAUGAUCAAGCACAAGGGCCACCUCUACCUGCUGGUGACAGACCAGGGCUUCCUGCAGGAGGAGGGGGUGGUCUGGGAGAGCCUGCACACGGUGGACGGGGACAGCUGCUUCUGCGACACUGACUUCCACCUCAGCCAGGCUGCGGGCAAGGGGGGGGCCACCGCGGCCCCCCCGGGCCCCCGCCUGCAGCAGAGACAGGUGGACCAGGAUUACAUGAUCGCGCUGUCCCUGCAGCAGCAGCAGGGCCAGGACCCCCCCUCGGCGCUGAGCGACCUGGAGCUGGCGCGGCAGCUGCAGCACGAGGAGUAUCAGCAGCACCAGCAGCACCAGCAGCACCAGCAGCACCAGCAGCACCAGGGGGGGCGGCCGGCAGGGGAGCGACGGCAGCGGCAGAAGCCAGAUUUGGACUGUACCCUCCUAUAGCGCCCGGGGGGGGCACCCGCCGCCCCCCCCCCGCACUCCGUCCCCCAGGGAGACACCCCCCACCCCCACCCCCCCCCUCCCCAGGGGGUCCCUGGGGACGUGAUGGGGACACGCACACAGGAGGGGGGGUCCUGCCAUGCCCACCAGCGGGACCACCUCAACCUUUCCAGUGGCCUUAACAGGGGGGGGUCCCAGGGGGGGCCUCAGCCCUCAGUCCCUGCUCUGAGACACGGGGGGACACGUGUCUGGGGGGGGGGAGGGAGACACACGCGUGACCCCGUGUCCGAAACGUGGCCUUAGCAAAUAAAGGACUUGUCCCCCG